AUGCAGAGCGUGGUGAUGCGGUCGUCUGCGGGGCGAGAGUGGGAGAGUUCUAGGUCUGUCAGCCCCAAAAACAGGUGGGCCGUCAUCACCCCCCCCCUGGCCCCGUCCUGUUCGCUGUCCCCCCUCGGGUCGGGACACCGGUCCGCCGCCGGCGGAAAGCGGCGCUUCUUUGGUCUAUCCGAGACCGCAGAGGCAGAGGCAGAGGCUGCUGCCGUUAAGGCGGAGCUGGAAGGGGGGCGGCGACGGGGCGGGGCCGUUGCCGACAAGGCUCCUGCGCCGCCAGCGGGGGAGGGUGGUGGUGCGAAGGACUCGAUUGAUGCUCACCGCGCGCUCUUGUCGCUGAGGAGUGAUCCGAUGAGGGCUAUGCUCAGGAGCGGCAUGAGAGAAUCGUUCACGAUGGACGUACUGGUCAAGGACAUCCGCCCAGCGGUGUUCACGGCUCUCCUGACCUACCUCUACACCGACACCCUCCAGCUGCAGCGGCCGGAAGACAUCACUGAACUCCUGGUUGUAGCCAAUCAGUACACCCUCACGGACCUUCUCUCGCUGUGCGAGGGCUUCCUAACCGAAGGGUGGAUGCAUCUCCCCCCGGAUCUGAGGGCUAGAGCCAACGCCUUCCGAAGCAGACAUGUCCACCUGUUCAUGCUCGGACAGAGGGAUCAUGUGACAUGGAAAGGAGGCGAGAGUGAAAUGAUGGCGGACUGGGUGCUGGACAGGAUCAAGUCCGAUGGCAGCUCUUGGAUGGAUGACGUUACAGAGGAAGAGGAGGCCUUGGCCAUGGCAGGGGAAGAGGGGUGGCAGACCGCAUCGGAAGGGGAGGGUGACGGCGCCCACUCAACGGCAACGGCAACGGCAGCGUUUUUCAGCCCUGAGAGCCAGAGCCCAGCCACCAGCCAAAGCCCCACACCCGCCUCAAGGCGUAGGGCUCGAGCGUUCCUUUCGCCCUGACUUUCAGGAGCUUGAGUGAUCGUUUCAGCCUGGCUUUUGGUGUGUGUCAACAUAGCUUGGCUUGAGAGAUGGUUCACCCUGACGUUUGGUGUGUAUUAGGAGAGCUUGGCUUAAGAGAUGGUUCACCCUGACGUUUGUUGUGUGUCAGGAGAGCUUGGCUUGAGAGAUGGUUCACCCUGACGUUUGGUGUGUUUUAGGGGAACUUGGCUUAAGAGAUGGUUCACCGUGACAUUUGAGAUGGUUCACCCUGACCUUCGGUGUGUGUUGAGAGAGCUUGGCUGGACAGGUCGAAAGGUGCAAGCAUUGAUCGUGCUACGGCGUUGGCGAAAGGGUGGGUGUACUUGCCAAGUUCACGCGUGAGAGAGAAAUCAUCUGCCUGUGUUUGCUUUCUUGGAGGGUGGGGGGUACCCGGUGUUUUGAGGAAACUUGGAGGAGGUAUGCAAAGCAUGAUAUAUAGAUUUCCGGCAAGAUUGAGUGCUCUUCAGCAGCCGCUGCUUCCUACGUUUGGGGGGGGGGGGGUUCCUGGACUGCACUGAACGAAUAGAAUAGUACAUAGCCACGUAAGGAAAUCCCGGGGCAACAACCGAGUCUGUUCAUGAAUUCCUCUUUUCGUGUCUGAGUCUUUUUUUUUCUUUUUUUCUCAGUAUGACCCAACGAAUCCAUCUCUACUGAAGAAAAGAGUCAAAGAUAGACUAGCAAUGAUCCAUUGUCUUUUGUGAUUUUGUGAGGCGGAGUGACAAGCAGGUAGGUUCAUAGUGUAAACUUCAUAUCGGGAUGACAACACAGGAGAUUUGGUAUAACCUAGCAGCCCUCUUCUUUGUAGGUGAGGUAGCAUACCACGGCGAGGGAGAGCGGUAGCGUCCUAUAAGUGUGAUAUAGAUGGCAGAGGAAAGGGUUGAGAGAGGGGGGCUGGCUGGCUGCCGUUAUCGCAGACUUCGAUUUUUUGCGAUGGAGGUGUGUUGGGGAUGCUGUUCGCCUGUUGUUUUCGAUGGCACCCACUGCUGUACAGAAGUCAAUCUACAGGCGCUUGACUUGUGACGGUCAGGUAGUUGGCGGGGUUGUAUGUAUGUGUUUAUCUCUUCAGUUAGCGUCGGCCGCGCUAGCAGCCUGACCAAUCAAAAUACGCAAUUUUUGUAGCGGGCUACAAAAAACGCGCUUGUGGUUUCUAUCUAAGAAUAGCAUGGUCACAGGACUCUUUCGGAAAUGGGACUGUGUGUGCGUUGACGCGUGGUGUUAUUUUUGCAGUCCGCAGGACGAAUGAAUGGGCUGUGGAAGGGCCGAAAAUAUCUUUGAUGAAAUAGAGAGAGAGGAAGAGAACGUUGGAAUUUGUCCCUUCCCUGAUUGUGGUGAAGCGAACGCCAGCUGAAUUGGGAGGAGAGUGGACCCCGGCGUGCCAAGUCUAGGCUUUGUGUCUUGUCUC